CGUGAGCCACGCGCCGAAGACGGAGGCAGCUUCCACUUCGUCUUCUUCAUCCCCAAUUCGGAAACCCUAACCCUAGAACUCACGAAAAUGGCUGAAUCAAUCACAGAGGAGCCUCCACCUCCCGAAUUCGAUCCCAUCUCGACCCCUCCGUUCGCCCAAUUUCACAAUCCCAGCUCCGAUCAAACUCCAAUCGGCGAACUAAUGUCCGAUCUAGGGUUCCCAAUCGACGCCGACUUCGAGCUCACUUUCGACGGCAUGGAAGAUCUCUACUUACCAGCCGAGGACGAGACCUUCCUCCUCCCCGAUAACGCAUCCAACCAAGAGCAGUUCGGAGAUUUUACGUCGGAGUCCGAUGAUGAGCGUACGUCAGAUCAACCGACUCCAUUGUCGUCUCAGGGAUCAGAUAACUGUGGCUCCGAUGUCUCGGAAGCUGUGGAUCAGAAGGUUAAGGUGGAAGAAGCUUCUGCUACGAAGAGGAAGAAAGAGGAUACGAGUGACGAAUCGAGGAGCAGUAAGUUCAUGAGAUCGGGAGAAGAAAGCGCCGUCGUCACAGGCGAAGAAGAAGAAGAAGAAGAGGACGAGAAGAGAAAGAGAGCGAGAUUGAUUAGAAACCGUGAAAGCGCGCAGCUUUCUAGGCAGAGGAAGAAGCAUUACGUUGAAGAGCUUGAAGAGAAGGUUAAGAGUUUGCAUUCUUGUAUAACGGAUUUGAACGGGAAGAUAUCUUAUUUCAUGGCUGAGAACGCUACUCUAAGGCAGCAGUUGGGCCCACCGCCUCCUUAUCCUCCAAUGGCUUAUCCAUGGAUGCAUUGUCCUCCUUAUAUGGUGAAGCAACAAGGAGGAGGACAAGUGCCUUUGAUUCCCAUCCCUAGGUUGAAACCACAGAAUCCAGUUAAGGCGAAGAGUAAGAAGAGUGAAGCUAAGACCAAGAAGGUUGCUAGUAUUAGCUUUCUUGGUCUUGUGUUUUGUCUGUUUUUGUUUGGUGCGUUGGCUCCGGUUGUGAAUGUUAAUUACGGAGGGAUUAGUGGUGGUGUCUUUUAUGGGAGCUAUAGGUCUAAUUAUGUUACUGAUCAGGUUUAUAACCAGCAUAGGAAUAGAAUUUUGGAUACGUCUCGUAGUAACGAGAGAGAUUCUGCGACAGAGAGCUCUGUACCACCUGGAAACGGUAGUGAGCCUCUAGUUGCAUCGCUUUUUGUUCCGAGGAAUGAUAAGCUUGUGAAGAUUGAUGGGAAUUUGAUUAUUAAUUCUAUUCUGGCGAGUGAGAAAGCCUUGGCUUCUGAAUCAAAUGAGAGGAAAGCUGACGGGGUGGUUCCUAAAGAUCAUUCCCUUGCUCUGCCUCUACCUGACGUGGGAAUGAUUGAGGAUAUGGCUAAGCAUCUCGUUAGAACUAAGGCUGAAAAACAGAAAGCUUUAUCCUCUGGCUCUGCGGAAACUCUGAAAGACUCGAUUAAAACAAAAGCAGCCAGUGGUGAAAUGCAGCAAUGGUUUCGUGAAGGUGUUGCAGGACCAAUGUUUAGCUCCGGGAUGUGCACUGAAGUGUUUCAGUUUGAUGUCUCCUCAACCUCUGGAGCCAUUAUUCCUGCAUCUGCAGCAACCAACGUCCCUUCUGAACACAGUAAGAACGCCACAGUCACACAGAGGCAAAAGAACAGAAGAACACUUCGCGGUCUCGCCAUUCCACUCCCAGGAUCAGAUUUCAACUUCACCAAAGGGCACCAAAGAAACAGCUCUAGCAAAGAAAUCAAGGCGGCCUCAUCAAUGGUUGUGUCUGUGCUCGUUGAUCCCAGAGAAGGUGGUGAUGGAGAUAUCGAUGGUAUGAUUGGGGGACCAAAAUCACUGUCCCGAGUUUUUGUUGUCGUGCUUCAGGACAGUGCAAAGUAUGUAACAUACUCCUGUGUCCUGCCUCGACCAGGAGCUCCUCAUCUUGUGACCACUUAAAACAUGUCUCAGCAGUCUUCUACUUUGUAUGUAAGAAUAAACAACAGCUGCCUGCUCUUUGGAAUCAAGUAACAUCCUUAGCUAUUAUUACCGUUGUUCGGUUUUUGUUUUAAGAUGUAGAAUGCGAAUGCUGUAACCUUUUUAUAUAUCUUUGAUAAAGUUA